AUGAUUACAGUAACCGUUUUAAAACUUCUGAAAAAAUCUAGUACAGUAAUAACCAACAAAGAAAUUUCGAAAUUGCUAUUUUAG